AUGCCUUCCGACUUUGAAAAUGACUAUACAUACCUGGGAACGUCCCUACCCACGGGUAAGGACAAGAAGCCCUACCGGACCCCCUCAAACCCAAUGUCGCGCCGCCCAUCGCUCCACCGCAGAGAUUCGUCUCCAGGACCCUCCUCCUCCCCUCCGCGCUUCAACUCCGACAACCGGUACGAAUCCGAUGGCCCUGUCAGCCCAAUUGACCCCGCAAAUGACGAGACAAUAUCUCCCCUAGAUCCUCGACGGUUCACCCCAACCUUACAUGCCUCCCUCGUUUCCGAGAUCUUGUCCCUGCGCCGCGACAUGGAGGCGAAAGCGAAGGCAAUUGAUUCUCUUGAGAUGACCCUGGAAACGGCAAAGUCGGAAGCGGAGUCUUUGAGCGAGACACUCUCAAGGAGCUCCAAGGAGAACCGUUCAUUGAAAAAGCAGAUACAGCUUCUUGAGGGUGGUUCCAUGUCUGCUAUGACAGAAUUGUCCAAGGAGCGUGAUGAUGCUUUAGAGAACAUUGCGGAUUUCCGCAAAAGACUUGAGCAGUCACAGAAAAGAGCGCGUACUCAGGAAGAAGAAAUUGAACGGACCCAAAGGCUGUGGGAGCGGGAUAAGCAGAAUUGGGAGGAAGAGCGGAGGAACUGGGAACGGAAAGUCCAUGUCGUCGAGGGACGUCUGAAAGUUGUUCUCAACGAGGUUGCAGCAGCUCAGGCAGCGGGUUCAUUUCCUCGUGGUGUUGAUGGAGACUUUGAUGAUUCUGUUCGUGAUGGCAUGACGGCAAAGGGUAGUGACACCUACAGCAUCCGUUCGGGCAGUGUCAUGGGACGGCGACGUACGAGUACUGCAAGCGUAAGUACCCAUGACGGCGAUCUGCAUAAUGUAAGGUACUCCGUCAUGAGUUUUGCCAAUGGUCAUGGACACAAGGUGGACGGCUUGAACCUAGCAGACGAACUCGCAUUUGACGAGGAAGAGGAAGACACGUUGGGUCUAGAUGACCGACCUGAUUCGAGAUGCACGGUUCCUGACCACGAAAGGCCCAUAUCAAUGCAAUCGCGACGGAUGAGCAGCAGGAUGGCCCGGCGUACGUUCGAUAUGCCACUUGACGGGCAUGAAAGGUUCGGCACUCCCGAUGUGCUUGAUCAUCCAAAAAAUCUGAAUGUGAUUCCGGAUGUCGAACAAAAUGAAAAGAGGGCCACCGCUGUACCACAAUUGGAAUAUAGAGACAUCGGAAUCCAAUAUACUCCACCUCCAUCCCCUAAGGUUGUACUGGAACCCGAUCAAGUCGUUGUCGAUGAGGCUCCUCCGGUGAAUGGCGCGAGCAAUGAAAAUCAAGAGAAAAGUCAAAUGUCUUCCAGUACAGAAUCAAUGCCUGUAUACGAAUCGAAGGACAGUAGCACCGUCACUGCGCCUGUCCUCACCACCUCUUCUGCAUGCCAGACAACCGGAGAGCCUCCAAGCCCUCCUUCAACCCCAACAGUUGAAGAAACUCCAUCAGAGGAGUCCACACCCAUAGCUUCUCCGGCUCCCGUGACUGAAAUUCCAGUGGUAGCAACGGUUUCCAUCUCAACUCAAACCGAUGAUGUAAUUAUCAAGGACAGAGAAACCCGAAACCUAGAACAAAUAAUCCGACAGGCAAUGCCAAUCCCCAUGAUCACUAUCGAACCCCCCGGCUCAAACCCCCCAUCCGCCAGGAACAGCGUUGUAUUGCCCCCACAAACCAAGAGUGUAUCAUGCCAGACAUAUAUCGAACCACUCGCCGACGUCCGGUCAUGUGGCAUGCAAACAGAAGAGAUUCGCGUUGAUAAACGUAGUGCCAAGCUACCCUCAAAACUCCUCCCAUCCGCGAUUAUGGACCAGCCAAUGAGUCCAGAAUCCAUUGAUCUACCUUCACCACCACCCAUCCAACAAUUUCACGUGCCCCCGAAAUCUGCAAAAAGGAGACUUCGAAACCCUCCCUCAGUUGAGCCUGCGCCGCUCACACGGCCUUCCUCAAAAGAUAAAGAACCCGAAAAGUUGCAAGCAUAUCCAGGAAAUAAUGACAAUGGUCCCCUUUCUGAGGAUACGAAAUUGGAACUUCGACGGCCGUUCAGGACCAGCAGUUUAUUUGCUGGCUUUGAACAUGUUAGUGAUGACGAAUGGCCAGAGCCACAGGAGGAUCUGUUUAGCGAUGACGAGCUCUUCAAUCGACCCCUCGCAUCUUAUACACUGAGAGCUGGCAAGCUCGUUACAAAGCCGGCGCCCUCAAUACUGGACGACAACCCUCUCGCGGAGCGUGAGGAACACCCAGAAGAAGUGGAUGAACCACAUUCGCCGAAAUCAAUAGUUGAAACAAAAGCUCCCAAUGGCCCUCAGCCCCGUGUUGUGCCCGGUGGGAAAUUGCCAUCUGCUAAACGACCGCCCAGACCUUUGAAAUUAGGCAAUGUCGCGAAGCAACCCGAUAUUCGCCGCACUGCCAUGAUUUCCAGCUCUACUGCCGCACACCAGGCGUACAGGCCUCGCAGCCCCAGUGCACCUAGCAUCGGCAGCAGCGCUGCCUCGACCAGCACCGCAGCCAAACCUCCUUUCCCCGUUCCGGUGAGAUUGAGCUCGCGCAAAAUCCCUGUCAGUGCGAGCGAGGGCGCUCAGAGUCCGACGCCGUACAGCAACGGAAAUUUCCCGGAGCGGGGCUUUCUAUUAAGAGAGCCUCCACUUCGCAAAGUUCGCUCGGCCGCUGUGGUGGCUGGGAUGCAUCGUCCCGAUCGGCAGCAAAGCCAUUCUCCACCAACAAUGUCGACAUCAUCAACCUGCCCCGAAAGCCCACACCUCCCACCCAUGCCUGUUGACGAAAUAACAGCCCCCCGGCGAAAGCGAUCUGGUAAACUGCAUUCAAAUCGACAAGUCCCGCCCCCUGCCAGGUCUCACCGGAGAAACGAGUCAGUCAAUACCAACACAAGCGUACAGCAGACUAGUGUCGUUGAUGCGAUCGCACAGACCAUGGUGGGCGAAUGGAUGUGGAAGUAUGUUCGUAGACGAAAGUCAUUUGGUAUGACGGAAAGUAAUAAAGACGGAUGGGAGCUAGGCAAAACCACCGAAGAAGUUUCUGCAAACAUCACUGGGACCAGCGUUAGACAUAAGAGAUGGGUAUGGCUGGCACCAUAUGAGCGCGCAGUUAUGUGGAGCAGUAAACAGCCCACCAGCGGGUCUGCCUUGCUGGGUAAGAGUGGUCGAAAGCUAAUGAUUCAAUCGGUCCUUGAUGUCAAGGAUGACAAUCCGCUUCCCAAGGGCUCCGGCCCUGGUAGCCAUUUUAACCGGUCGAUUUUGAUCCUCACCCCACAGCGAGCUCUGAAGUUCACAGCCAUGACAUUGGAACGCCAUUUUGUCUGGUUAACCGCGCUGUCGUUCUUAAGCCACUCUUCGAUGGGCGCUAACGAUCUUGCUUCCCUACCCCCCGUUCCGCACGAAGAGUAUCGCCCGCCCCCAGGUAGUAUGCUAAGGCGCAACCCAAUCCGCGACUCAAUUCGCAUCGCGAAGGGAAAGGUUAAACCAACACCGUCCAGCUCCAACCGCUCAUUUGUAUCGCAUCCAUCUGCCGUCCCUGAGCUACCUUUCGAUGAAGCCAAUGGAACCGAAGCCAUCAACGACAUCGCUGAUCCCCCAAAUGUCCCAAGAUUCUCCUCCCAUUCACGCAAGAGAAGUAACACCGCACCACGCAUACCGCCAAGUGCAUUCAGAAGUUUCUCCAACCACACCACCGCGCCGUCCACACACAGCACCACAACUGCAGGGUCGUCCGAUAUCUACUCUCCCUCAAUCAUCGGGCCAUCAGGUGUACAGAGCGGCCAAAGCAGCUUUAGCCACCGUACGUCCGAAGCCAGUGGCCCAUCUAGUGUUGGCAUGAGCAAUUUCUUCGAGGCAGUUGGUACGGUGCGGAUGGAGGCGUUUGUGGACCGGAGUGAAUAUCCCCGUCAACGAAUUGGUGGGCGUAGUCAUAGAUCGAGACACGGCGGUGCUGGAGGUAGUCGAAAAGGACGGAAUGCGCAUUACUGGCCCCCGAAUAGCCCUGACACUGAGUUUUAUGGGUCUGAGGAUGGGGAUGUUCUGUUUCGAAAUGAGGAUCCCUUUCGAGGGUUCUAG